AUGGACGAUCGCCUGUUGAGGAUACGAAUGUUGCAGCCGCUCUUCGUACUCCUGUUGGCCCUUCUGGCCUCGUCCUCGUCACACGCGGCGCCCCAGGUGAGAGACACUGCGUCGAUCAAGGCGUGUAAGCGCAUUCCCGGAGAUGCAGGCUGGCCGGGAGCAGGGGAAUGGACCCGACUCAACAGAACGGUGGAGGGCCGGUUGAUUCGGACGGAACCUAUCGCUACCCUCUGCCACAAUCCCCAUUUCGACCUCCCAGCUUGCCAGAAGCUUCGGGAGACCUGGAUGUUUGCCGACGCCCACAUCCACUCGCCGGCGGAAUUCGUCGCGCCAUAUUUCCAGAACCGCUCGUGCGAUCCUUACACAUCGCGAGCAGACCCCUGUAGCAUUGGCAAUUAUGCCCAGUAUUCCAUCAACGUAUCCGAAGUCGAGCAUAUCCAAGCGGGCAUACGCUUCGCCCGCCAAAACAACAUCCGCCUGACUAUCAAGAAUACAGGCCACGACCUCCUCGGAAAAUCGACCGGGAGAGGGGCAUUGUCGCUAUGGACACACCACAUGAACACCAUUGAUUUUAUCGACCAUUACCGCGGUGGUGCUAAUUACACCGGGCCUGCUGUGCGGCUCGGCGCCGGCGUGUUGACCGAAGAGGCUUUCACCGCCGCGAAUGCUAGAGGAGUGCGGAUUGUUACGGGCACCUGUCCCACGGUCGGUGUUGCCGGCGGUUAUACCGCAGGAGGCGGCCACGGCGUCUUCACCUCCUUAUACGGACUAGCAGCAGAUAAUGUCCUCGAGUGGGAGGUCGUCACGGCCGACGGAAGACACGUCGUAGCGACGCCCACGUCUCACACCGACCUGUACUGGGCCCUCAGCGGUGGUGGCUCUGGCACCUUCGCUGUCAUCGUGUCCAUGGUGACACGCGUGUACCGUGAUGGGCCCAUGGGAGGUGCUAGCCUUGCGUUCGACGUCGAGUCGGCGGGAGGCGUAGAGGAAUUCUGGCACGCCGUGUCGGUAUUCCAAUCCGCGCUGGGCCCUGUGGUGGACGCAGGCACGGUGGUCUCGUAUGCGUUGACCCCGACGGCACUGAAUCUGUACGGCAUAUCCGUAGCCGACGGGAACGCCUCCGUGGCGGGUACAAUAUUGCGGCCAGUCGCGAGCGCUAUGGCUAGAAUCGGGAUUUCUCUACAGAUAACUAAAACUAGCCACCCGGGCUUUCUCGAUUUCUUCGACCAUUACUUCUCGGAGGCCGUGACGAAGACCCCUCACGCGCAAAUUACGGGAGGGCGCCUGGUGCCGCGAUCGCUAGCGGAGGACAGGCGGCAAGCCGAGGCCAUCAGCCAGGCCUUUCGUGCUGCUGCCGCUUCCGGAUUCACAACCAUCUGCAACGCCGUCAAUGCGAAUCGGCCACUGCUACACCCCAACGCGGUAUCCCCUGCCUGGAGAUCCGCCCUACUGCACUGCAUAUUCGUAAAGACAUGGGAUUUUCACCGACCCUGGGCUGAGAUGGUGUCAUACCAAAAGAGGCUAACCGAGGAUCUCAUGCCUCAGAUCGAAGCAGCGACGCCGGGCGGGGGGGCCUAUAUUAAUGAGGCGAACUUCCAGCAGGCCGGCUGGCAGGAGGCCUUCUACGGGGCCAACUACCCCCGGCUCAAGAACAUAAAAAGCCGGGUUGACCCCCAAGGCGUGUUCUACGCCCAAACGGCUGUGGGUAGCGACGAGUGGGCAGAGGAUGGGGAUGGGAGACUCUGUCGGACGUGA